CCGUCUUCCUGAACAGGAAGAAUUGUAGCCAGGGGCGGAGGAAAUGAUCCGCAGCCUGUGCUGGUUCUCCGUGUUCCAUGGCAGCCUUGCGUUGGAGACGGAAACCAGGCCUGUCACAAAAGUGGUGAACCUCUUAGAGGGUAUGCAAUCCAAUUUGGAAAAGGAAGCUAAAGAGGAUGAGGACACCCAUGACAAGAUGCAAUGUUGGUGCAAAACCAACGGAGACGAAAAAACCAAGAGCAUAGAAGAGGCCCAGACCAAGAUCAAGGCCCUUGAAGCUCGAAUGGAUGAGCUGACAGCGACCAGCUCUCGCCUGGCCACGGAGAUUGCGGUGGCCGAGGAAGAAGUGUCCAACAAUGAGAAGGCCUUGCAGUCCGCCCAAGCCUUGCGCGAAAAGCAGUUCACUGAGUUUAAGAGUGAUUUCAAGGAUCUCACAGAGUCCGCCACUUCAGUGGACAAGGCGCUGGACGCCAUCGGCACCAAUAAAUCGUCCUUUCUGCAGACCUCCAGGGGACGGAUGGCUAGUGCCAUGACUCAGCUGAAGAUGGUUUUGCUGAGACAUGAACGGCUGCUGAACGACGCGCAACGCAGCGAGGUGGAGGAACUGUUGAAUCCCAGGUCAGAGUCCGAGUUCUUACAGCAGGCGCCCAGUUCCAUUGAUGGAGUUGCUGGAGUGCUCACUGGUCUCAAGGACAGCUUCGAGGGGCAGCUGUCGGACCUGAAAAAGCAGGAAAGCGAGGACAAGAAGGCGCAUGAAGGCUUGGUGAAGGCCAAAACUGAGGAGCUCCAAGCUGACAAGAAGCAGUUGGAGGCCAAAAAAGAGCAAAAAGCCGCAGCAGACUUGGAGAAGUCGCAGAGCAAGCAGGACAUGAAAGAUACGACCGCAGCCCUGGAAGCAGACAGUGCUGUGAGUGAAGAGGUCAAGGCGAAAUGUGCGGCCAUGGACACCGAUUACGAGAAGCGAGGCAAGCUGCGCCGGGAGGAGCAAGCUGCAGUCAGCCAGACCAUUCAGGUGUUGACUGCCGACGAGGCACGCGAGAACUUCGGCAAAACCUUUAGCAGCUCCUUCCUGCAGGUGUCUUCUCAGGACAGCCGCCAAACACGUGCUGCAGCUGUGCUGGCUGCCAGUGGAGAGAAAUUGGACGCGAGCGCCUUGACCACAUUGGCUAUGAGCGUGAAGUUGGACACCUUCGAGAGUGUCAAGAAGGCCAUUGAUGAAAUGAAGGCUGACCUCAAAAAGCAGCAGGCGGCAGAGGUCAAAAAGAAGGAUUGGUGUGUCGCGGAGUUGCAGAAGACCAAACUGGAGACUCAGGAGAAGAGCCUCACGGAGCAGCAGAAGGUGGCCGAGCUGGAGACGAUCCAAAGCAAGACCUCGCAGCUGGUGGCCGAGAUUCAGUCUCUGGAGGAUGAGGUGGCGGAAAUGAACAAGCAGACACAACUGGCUGGCCAGAAUCGAGAGAAAGAAAACAAGGAGUUCCAGACGGUGGUCACGGAGCAACGUCAGACUCAGCUGCUGUUGCAGAAAGCCAUGACUUCGUUGAAGAAGUUCUAUGUCAAAGAGAAUGAGGCUGCCUUCAUUCAAGCCAAGAGCGACGAUGGUGAGCCCGAGUUCAAGGACUACAAAGAGCAAUCCAGCUUCGGUGUCCUCAGCAUGCUUCAGAAACUCAUCGCUGACGCCAAAGCCAUGGAAGCAGAGGCCACCCACGCGGAGACGUCGGCCCAGAAGGACUAUGAGGCCUUUGCCAAGACGACCACCGCAGCCAUCAAGACCAAGCUGAAGGAGAGGACCACCAAGGAAAAGGAGAAGGGCGCUGCCGAGUCUUCUUUGGUGGAGGCACGUCAGGCCAAGGAUGCUUUGGGCACCAAGUUGGAUGAACUGGUGACGCUGAAGCGACAUCUGCACGAUCAAUGCGACAUUCUCAUGAAGCGCUUCGAUGAGAGGCAAUCGGCUCGCUCGGAUGAAAUGGAAUCCCUGACCCAAGCCAAGGCCAUGCUUGAGGCAUAAGUCACGCUCGCGCUGCCCCUAAACAACCGCGCUGACACUGGGUGUGACCCGGACCAGAGCGGUCAAAAGGCUGCUCUGCUGGUG